AUUUUGAUAAGCAUUUUCCUGGGACCCAUUUUGAAUCAACACCCUUUUGUAACCUUGAAUAUAUUAAAUCCUUUACCCUUUAAUAAUGUCCUCCUCCGACUCUCGUUUCACGUCUCAAAAUAAGACUACCCAGGAAAGACUCUCCACGAAUACUGUCGGGCUUGUUGCCUUAUCCGACUUUCGUAAACGACGCGCCGAGGUCCUCGAGCAGCAAGAACGUGAAGCGCGAGAGGCGAUCAUAUCUGGCGCACCUCUAGAAUCUCCCGACCGUUCAUGCUCUCUGACUCCCGACAACGCCAGCGACGCGUCUAUUCCGCCCAAGAAGAAGAAGAGAAAGGGGAAGGAAAAUGGGAAAAAGUCCGAUAGAGCUGGCGGUGCCAAGUUGUCGUUCGUGGACGACGAAGAUAUUGCCGAUAAUGUUGACGUAGAAGAUGAGCGCAAUGUCAAAAAGGAAUUGGGAAAGCAGAAGUUCAAAUUUAAGGCCAACUCCUCCGUGUCGGUUGUCCCGCGAUCUGUAACCAAAGCUGCCCUCCGGCGUGAGGCGACAGAGAGAGAAGCCCUACGACGCGAGUUUCUCCUGCGACAAGAGGCAGUGAAGACGGCCGAUAUUGUCAUACCCUUUGUGUUCUAUGAUGGAACAGACAUCCCGGGAGGUGCCGUCCGUGUUAAGAAGGGAGAUUUCGUAUGGGUGUUCCUCGAUAAGAGUAGAAAGGUUGGUGCCGACCUCGGGGUGGGCGAGAAGGCAAAUGCGAGGAGGGAAUGGGCUCGAGUUGGGGUAGAUGAUUUGAUGAUGGUUCGUGGGAAUAUUAUCAUUCCUCACCAUUACGACUUUAUGUUCUUCAUCAUGAACAAAGCUGUCGGCCCUACCGGCAGACUUCUUUUUGACUACCGUUCUGAUGUUCCCGAUCCAUCGUCAACUGGGCAUUCCGAAAUCGAGCAAAUCAGAAACCGAUGUUCUACCACCAAGUCCGUUCGAUUGGAACCGGAGGCAAAUGAUGUGGAGGGUGCUUCUGACGACCCGGCCUUUACCAAAGUGGUGGAUCGGAGAUGGUAUGAGCGAAACAAACACAUCUAUCCCGCUAGCAUCUGGCAAGAUUUCGACCCAGAGAAAGAUUACCAAAAGGAAGUGAGGCGCGAUCUUGGCGGAAAUGCCUUCUUUUACUCCUGAGCGCGCACAUUGCCCGAUUUUCAGACCAGGUGUCCGCUUGCUCGUCGUCUCCCAUGGCUUUUUGUACCGGACGAAGCGUUGUCAUCGGUUCGCC